AGCGAAUCAACUGAAGAAAUCCAAGCUGAGAAAGGGAAGAAGAAGUGCAAGAGAACGACGAAUUGACGCUGGGUCGAUAGUUCUGCACGGCAACUUACACAGCCGAUAAAUACGCGUCCGCUCGCGCCGUAAACACGGGUUCACGUCAUGCCGCCCUCUGUCCGACCUCGCCGGGGGCGGCGGCGGCGGGCAGUCGGCUCCGUGUUUGUUUCGCCACCGGUGCAGAGCAGGCAACAGUGGCUCGGCAGUUUAGUACGGUGGUGUCCGGACUGCCUCACGCACGGUGCACCAGCUCAUACUGCGGAAUGGAAACGGUGACGAUGAGGUCGUUUGAGAUGGAGCUCGACCCGGCUGACUAUGAGGCCGGCCUGCGUGAAAUUGUGGCCGCCCUCCGUCCCGACUGGAACCUGGACAACCUGCGUCUGAAGCCGUUCGCCGGUCUCACCAACACUCUGGUGAGCUGCUGUCACGCCGGCGACCAGGAGUCCACGCUGCUGUUCCGACUCUAUGGAGACGGCACCGAUCGGUUCAUCGAUCGGGACGCAGAGAAGCGCAACAUGCAGAUGAUGCACCGGGCCGGCUGCGCGCGUCCUCUAGUGGCCACCUUCUCCAACGGAAUCGUGUACGGCUUCGAGCCCGGUCACACCGUCACCAAGCUCUCCGUACGAGCGCCGGAUGUGUUCCCUAUGGUUGCCGCCGCCCUGGCGCGCGUACACCGGAUCACGCCGCUGGGACCGGACGCCGGCGACGGCAGCAACCCAGGCCGGUCCUGUCUCUGGGCCUCGCUGGACAAGAUGAUGGCCCUGGCGCCCACACAGUUUGAUGAUCCCCGACAGCAGAAGAGGUUCGUCUCGGAGCUGCGGUCGGCCGCCCAGCUCCGAACCGAGCUCCGCCAGCUGCGGGAGGAGCUGGAGGAGCUCGGCUCUCCCCUGGUGUUCUGCCACAACGACCUCCUGCUGGACAACAUCAUCGUGGCGGCCGGCGGGCGCGGCGUGAAGUUCAUCGACUUCGAGUACGGCGGCGUCAACCACCAGGCGUUCGACAUCGGCAACCACUUCAAUGAGUUCGCUGGCACUGAGGACGUCGACUACAGCCUAUUCCCGGACCGGGAGUUUCAGCUGCGCUGGCUGCGGUGCUACCUCGCCACCUACCUCUCUCUGAAGCCUGGAGAGUCGCCUCAGCCAACUGUGGAGACAGUGGAGCCCACUGAUCUGCAGGUGGAGACGCUAUACGUGCAGGCCAACAAGUUUUCGUUGUUGUCGCACUUCUACUGGGGCGUCUGGGCGCUGGUGCAGACCCGUUUCUCAAACAUCGACUUCGACUACCUCGAGUACGCCAUCACCCGGUUCUCCGAGUACGACCGGCGCCGGGAGCAGCUGAGGUCGCUGGUCUUGCCGGUGGGGAACGGAGUAAAACAGUCGUGAGCAGGCUCUCCGCCCCGGUACAGUGGGAACUGGAACCGGAGGAUAAGCUGGGUGUAGGAUAAGCUGGGUGUGAGUACUGUGCAGCGCGCGUGCCUCCGCGGACAGACAGCAUGAUCCCGGUGCCCAUGCAGCAGUGGUGUCAAUGGUACGCGGACCACAGGUGGUUCUACUCCGCUCUGGAGAUUGGCCGAGUCGCCAUUUUGCCGUUCGAGGCCAGUAUCGAGAUACACCGGGUCUGCUAGCAGAUCAGACUACAUACAUCAGUCGUCUUUUGGGCAGUUGUAUUAUGCAGGGGCCCGGUGUUUGGACCAAUCACAACUCGUUCGAUUCGUGAUAAAUACCUUUUAGCUUGAGUUGUGCUAUCCUAGGAUGCGCUGUAUCGACGAGUGUUUUAUGUUGUGAGACCAAUUUUAUUCGCCUUCGGUUGUUUUACCGUGCCCUGGGGUACUUCUAUUGGACCUAGGGACCUGCAAUACACACCAGGGCAUUGUGACUCUUGUCUGGCCCUGCUGAUCUGAUUUUCAUGCAUGAUGGCAGACCGUUAUCGAGCUCUGAUCCGCAUAUGAUUGCAUGAUAGGAGUGCAAUAUUUGGUGCAGAAUUAUUAUGGGGCAUGCCUUUGGCGUUUGUUGGUUCAUCGCCUCUUAGUUUGUUGACGGCAAUUGUACGAUAGGCUGCUAACUCGAACGAGCCCAGACCCUGAUUUGUCACAUAAUGUUGGAGCCUGGAGGGACAUGAUUCUGCUCAGGUGUCAGCUGCCAAAAUACAGCAUAAUUGCUUCAGUACAACCUGGCCUGCGAAGUUAUCUUGGGCGACAUAUCUUGUAUAACUAAGUCGGGCUUUUAUUCAUAUUAGCGUGCUUUCUUGUGCAUUUUUAAUUACUUUUAUUAAAAGAGAGUGUCACAUGAAAUGAUUUUGACCACGAUCUUCACUACUGUCAAAUAAUACUAUUUCAAAUAUGAGUUACAUUAUCUUGAAUUGAUUUAAAGUGUCCUGAACAACUGACGGCCAAAACCUCUGUGGGAAUCUGCGUUUUAAUGUGUGCCUCCAUUUUUCGUUGGCCGUUGCUAAGAUGCUACCUGUGGGGCGUGUGUUGUGUGGCUAUUGAUAUUACUCAGCGUAGUUUUAGCUGAAGUGGACGGCUGGGGCUCAACCAUUCCAGUGGAAUUCGGCACUCGUGUGAUUGACUGUAUUGUGGAAUGCACCCAGUGACCAGACCAGGGACUCAUUCGUGAUCCGAUAUUCUUGUAUCAAUACAAGGUAAUGAUCGACAA